GCGUUCAGCAGCGGCCCCGGAAGUGUUUGUUCACGGUUAAAAGCCAGUUGACCAAGCUAGCUAGCUUGUUAGCUGUGAGCCGGGUUCAGUCAUUGUGCGGGGAUGGAGGUGACACGCAGGAGUAAGUCACGAACAUAUUUUUGCUCACUUGAUUUUAACCUCGAUACAAACGACAUAAUAAUUCUCAUCAGAGCAUUGGGCUGAUAUGAGUGUAUAGUCGGAAGUACUCAUUAACCCUCACUGUUUUUGUGCUGCUCGCUAGCUUAUUAGCCACACAGCUGCGGGUUUCUGCGUGUGUGUGCGGGUUUGCUAACACGCUCCAUCACGCUAUAAUGAUGUUCACGCACUUUCUCUUUUCCAGAUUUUAAAGAUUGCCUUAGUGCGGUGUACUGCGCGAUAGAGGAGGCGGACUUCCUAGCCAUCGAUGGAGAGUUUUCAGGUAAGAAACAGCGUGAGAGUUCUCCCACAAUCCGACAUUUCAUCUUCUUUUUUAUCCUUAAUUUCAUUCAAUUAAUAUUGCAAACAUUCAAUACAAACAAGGAAAAAUCUCAAACAAGUGAAUAAAAGGAGCAGAAAGAAGAAAACUCUUUCAUAAGAUAUUAAUCAACUAAACACACAAUAAUAAAAAUAAACAAGAGCUGCAGGCCAACAUGCCUGUUACAGUUCAUUAUUUCUUAUUCUCAAAAACUAACAGAAAAGACCACAUUAAUUCACAUUUUUCCACAAAACAAACAGACCAAGACUUAGAUGAACACAUUUCCCUGUAUUUUCUCAACAUACUGGCUUUGACACUUUUUGUAAAGAUCAAAUCUGAUUUGUCUUCUUUAGUUUCUUUCUUCAGAUUGUUCCACAAACGUAUUCCUCUCACUGUAACACAGCGCUCCUUCAGUUUAGCUCUGAAUCUUGGCUUUUUCAAUAUUUCAAAUCCUUUUAAAUUAUAAUAAACGUCCUCUUUUUUUACAUCGGCUCUGGAUGUUGACUGGUAAAAUGUUCCUAUGAGAUUUAUACAUAAUCGGCAACAUACUGAAAUCUACUCACUCAUUGAAUUUCAACAACUGUACCUAACCUUAUCCACAGUACAUAUAGGGCCCAAUUUAAACGCCAGGAUUGUGCAAAUAGACGAGUUUCUGUGCAACGUCAUCGCAGGUAUUCACGCGCAGCCUCAGGGCAGAAAGCGGGACAUUUCUUAUUUGUUUCCUAGCGAAGUCAACAGAGGAACAAAAUGACAACAAGCUGUUGUGCUGUAAACAGCACGAAUCGGCAAAACAAACAAUCGGCAAACAUUACGACCCUGCUCCUGAUGUUAGAAACCUCUAAAACAACGUCACAACCUGUGUUGUGAAAUUCAUGGAUAUUUCAGCAAGCGAUUUCUCAAUGAAAUGACAUUUUCUCGCAACUGUGUCAGGGAGAACUUGCAAACAAUGCGGCGUCUUCGUUGAUUUGAGUUCACUCUAAAGCAGGCAUUUGCCCCGCAGUCGCGCUCGCACCUAGUAUUGUUUGCACACAAGAAACCCAUCUGUUGGAGAUGAAAUAACGGUGUACUUUGUUCACAGGGAUAAGCGACGGUCCUAAUGUCAGUGCACUCACAAACGGGCUGGACACCCCGGAGGAGCGAUACACCAAGCUGAAAAAGGUUUGCACUGUUAAUAGCAAAAGAUCGUACAUCAUGCUCAUACAAGUUCCCGUCUAAACACCACCACUUAUACUGUUUUACCUCCUAUUAAACCGGAUCCUACUGUCCUGCAGCACUCCAUGGACUUCCUGCUGUUCCAGUUCGGAUUAUGCACAUUCAAGUACGACCAGGCAAAGUCAAAGUGAGUGAAUUCUGCUUAAUAGAAACAGAGUUAUUGUUAUUGAUUUGGCAUUGAUGCUGUCAGAUUCAAUGUGCAUCUCCCCAAGGACUUAAAGUAAGAUUUGCAAAGGCUCAACAAAAUCUGUGUUUCUCAAAGAAGCUUGGAAGUACCCGUAUACUUGAUAUAAAUUGUGUUUAAGUAGUUUUAUACAAGUUUACACUUCAUAAAACUGGGCUCUUUUUCUGCCUGCUUUUGGGUGGAAGUAUUUGUGCCUACCCUGCAGCCCAGGGUAGAACUGUAGGACUGUAAUCUCAGUACUUAAAAGGAUAUUCUGGUGUAAAAUUAAUUCAGGGUCAAACAGACCGUAACACCGAGUUAGACACCCCCUCCAGAGUUGCCGACCGCUUGCUUCUCUAGUUUUACCAACUUUAGUAACGACCGCAGGAUAGCAAUACGCAGCGGUCUAUGGAUCCAGCCAGUUGUUUGUACGGAGACCGGGCAAGUCCAUCGACUGCAGCGGGGGGAUGCAGCUCAAGGAAGAACAUUUAUGAUUAUUUCUUCAUGGAAAUAUGAUCAGACUGAGAUGCUAAGGCAGAAGAACUACUGCGUCUGCAGAGCAAAAUGAUUAAUAUGGUGAUUAUUACUUCAAGGAAAUGAUAAAGAAAUGAUCAUAAAUGUUCUUCCUUGAGCUGCGUCACCCCGCUGUAGUCUGUAAUGGACUGGCCUGAGGUCUCGCUACAAACAAGUGGCUGCUGAAAGAGAGUAGGUGAGUUGUGUUUAGUCUCUUUGCUAAAGAAAUGAGUCAAAGUUAAAAAGAUGUUUGGUGUCUAGUACUAUGGCUGUGACCCUAUAUGUCCUGUUGAUGAAGUUAGGUGCUGUUCUGAGCAUUAUUUGUGGCUAUAGAGUGGCGUUUGGGUUGAGGUUUGUUUAUGGCUCCUCUGACCAGCAUAUCAAAUCUGCAAGCAUUAUAAUCAAUGUGAGUCAUUCCACAGAAUCUGUCUGGCGUUGCUGCGGAUCGGCUCCAGCGGCCGGAUGAGAUAUGCAAGGCUUCUAUUUUUGCUGGAGCACGGCGCAUCAAUUCAGUGCAGCGCAGCAUGAGCAGCAGCGAAAGUUGUACACGGUUAUAGAGUUAAAAUAUCUGUUUAAUUUCAAAAUAAAAUAAAGUCGAUACAUUAAACUGUUGUUAAUUUGAUAAUAGGAGAGGCCAGGGUUGUGGGAUCUGGGUGUUUAUAUACCCUGCCGUUUAUUUACAACAAUCGGCGGAUCUCAAUUUACCGUCACCACUUUUUUAGUUUCAGACAAAGCUGAGGUCCAUAAAUAUUUUCCUUCAGUGUCGAUGCCAAUUUCUGUUUCUAAAGCACUUUUGCAACCGAAUGCCAAAAAACGGUCAUCUAGCUUUAGUUUGAGUGGCAGGCGGCUUAUUGUCGUCGACCACAGCUACUUGAAUACACUCAUUAAUCCUCUUUGCUCUGUUUGCUGUUGUCUCUGCAGGUAUAUCAUAAAGCCUUUUAAUUUUUAUAUAUUCCCGAAACCGUUCAACAGGACGUCCCCCGACAUAAAGUUCAUCUGUCAAGUAAGUCGGUGUUGCUCAUCUGGGCUAUCGAUAGUCUCUCAGUGAAGUGAGAUAAGUGACUGUGGAUAUUAAAAGUUACUGCUCCUGAAAAUGCCUGGUCAGCUGCAGAGACAUGAUGUGUUGCUUGGCAUUUUGUUUGAAAGUUGUGAAAAUGUCAGAUCAUCUUUUGUCAUUUCAGAGUUCCAGUAUCGACUUUCUGGCCAGUCAGGGGUUCGACUUCAACAAGGUGUUCUGUAACGGUGAGUGCACGUGUCUUUAUUUCCAUUUCUUUCAGUGUUUGUAUCCAUUUCUUUUUGUAAUAGUCAUCAUGUGGAUUGAUCAGAACGGAUGGUGGGUUUUGAAAGAACACGACACAACCACAGAUCAUGAUACGGAGUGAAGUGACGUGUUUCUGUUGCUUGUUUUUAAAGGAAUCCCUUACCUAAACCAAAAUGAGGAAGCCCAGCUGAGGGAGCAAAUGGAAGAGAGGAGAAAUCAACAUGCUAACGGCGUGGGGACACCAUCUUUCAUCUCCCCGUCCUCCUCCAAAGGCCCCGCCCAUGUACCUGAAGAGCACAAAGACUUCAUCAACAAAGUCAUGUAAGGGCGUCUAUAAUAGAGUACAUGCACCAAAGCAGGGGUGUUUCAGGUUAUAGGGGCAGGGCUCCACAGUGCGACAGUUUCACUCACAUUUGUGACUAAAAAUAGAUGUGUGUGUAUUGUAAAAUGUAUUUAGCGGCACAUGUGCGCAUAAAAAAAUCGGGCUAGGCAACAAAUGUUUUUUCAUGUAAAUACGGCGGUGAAGUUAGUUUUAGGUUAGAUAUUCGACGGACAUUAACUGAGGAUCUACUGGUGUCCUCUUACUCUCCAUAGCCGGGAAUAACAACAGCAGCGGCACGGUUAAAUCUACUCAGCGGUCAACGCUGGGUGUUGAAUAAGGGACCAUCAAUAAAUUACCGGUUGAUAUUCUCAGAAAAGGCUGUUUUUUCCUUCAAUAGCUUCCAUGUCACGUGACCAACUGACCUAAAAUUGAUUUUUAAUAAUCGUACUUAUGGCGCCCAAUAAAACAAACAUUGUUUGAUCAAUUUUUAUUGUGCCCCUAAAGUUCUUUGUGUGCUCCUUGUGAAAGAAGUCAGUGUCAAGCCCUGCACGGUGGUACGAAUAACUGUGGCUUGGUGGAGUUUGGUGUACGCUUAUCCUGCGUCUUUGUCCCGGGAGGUCCAGAUCCUGAUAUCGUCUCUUCUUGUUUUCCCCACAGAGAGAAGGUGGAGGCGCUCUUCACUAACUCCGAAAAGACUUUGGAUUUGGAGCCUUGCACAGGGUAACCCGACCCUGUACCUCAGAAUACCACACCCACACUGAUCUGGAUUACAUGAAUUUAUCUGCACCACAUUUUGACCGCACUUAUAUAAUUUUUGUUUUCCGCAGGUUUCAGAGAAAGCUGAUCUACCAGACUCUGAACUGGAAGUAUGUGAAGUCGAACACUUAGCCACGCGAUUGUUGUUGUGUGGAGACGAAACACUGAAGACUUUGUUUUUGUUUCCCAGGUUUCCUAAGGGGCUUCAUGUGGAGACAGUGGAAACAGAAAAGGUAAAAAAAUGUUUUUCUCUCAGCAGAUUGUGCCCCGUGGUUUUGUUUUUGUGUGUCGGUGAAAUAUUGAUGCCACUUGUGUGUGUGUGUGUGUGCGUGCAGAAGGAGCGAUUCAUUCAGGUCAGCAAAGUAGACGAGGAGGAGAGGAAGAGGAGGGAGCAGCAGAAACUGGAGAGGGAGCAGGUGAGCCCACUUCUGGUCCUGCAGACCUUGUAUCUCCUCGAAGAUUGUUUACGUUUCAUUUUCAUUCCCUCACACACGAUAGGAGGAGCUAAAUGAUGCUGUGGGCUUCUCCAGAGUCAUCCACGCCAUCUCCAAAUCGGUGAGUGAGCGCUGACUGUUUCACUUCACCCUUGUAGUUUUAAACAUGAGGCGUUUCAGUUAACAGUCGGACUCCUUUGCUGUUUUCGAAUUGGCCUUCUGCGUACUCCUGCCGGCCGCAGUAUGCAGUACACACUCUCUGCUAUUCCAGGUGCUUUACAUUGUGGGUGACAGUAGGCGAAGCAGACUGGUCCGAUACAUACUGUGAAAUUUUCCCGAAUCAGUACGUCAUCCGGGUAUUUUUGGCAUGCUGCAAAUUUCGCAUUUGUUCUCCCACUGCAUACGACAUUUCUGGUGAAUCAGUACGUACUGCUGGUAUAGGAGGAGAAUUUGAAAACGGCCCGUGACCUUUUCUUUCUCUCGCUGUCGCUAAAUCUGCUUGAUUGGAUGUAUUUUAAAAACCUGACUUUGAUCAUUUUUUUUCAGGGUAAACUUGUGGUCGGCCACAACAUGCUGUUAGACGUGAUGCACACCAUCCAUCAGUUUUACUGCUCUCUGCCUGAGGUACAGAAAAAAUCCAAGCGGAUAUUUUAAAUCCGGAGUUUUUUUGCUGCAUAAAACAGAAGUUUAAGCAAACCAGGUAAUUAAUCUCUUCUUUCUUCAGGAUCUUAAAGACUUCAAAGAAGUCACCAUGUGUCUGUUUCCAAGGUAAACUUCCUCUUUUAACUCGUUUACUCCUCAACAGCAGAUGCUUUUUGAUGCUCUUAAGGUUCAACUUCAAGUGUUUGUCACGUUUUCCCGCAGACUCCUGGACACAAAGCUGAUGGCGUCCACUCAGCCUUUCAAGGUGAGACACCUCAGCGCUGCGGCAGAAGAGCAUCAACACCAAAUAUCGAUGUUUCUACAAGGUUUAAAAGUGGAAUAAUUUUGACGUUGAUUUGCUUGAAAAUAAAAAAGGUGAUCUGCAGGAGGUUAUGUUGCGUUCCAGUUACCUCAGUAGUCAGGUGUCUGAGCAGGGAAUGACGUUACACCUGAGCUGACGGUGUUCCAGUAAACAAGUCGGAAAACCAAGAUGGACGUCUGCUGUACGCCGUUGUCAGUUGUUGUCAGCUGUCGUUAGCAAUUCUCAGUUGUUGUUAGCGGUUGCCAGUUAGUGUUGGCUGUUGUUAGCAGUUGUUGGUUGUUGUUAGUGGUUGCAAGUUGUUGUUGUUAUCGGUUGUCAGUUGUUGUUGUUAUUAGUUGUUGUUGUUAGCUGUUGUCAAUUGUUGUUAGCGGUUGUCAGUUGUUGUUGUUAUUAGUUGUUGUUGUUAGCUGUUGUCAAUUGUUGUUAGCGGUUGUCAGUUGUUAGCUGUUGUCAUCUGUUUUCAGUUGUUGUUAGCGGUUGUCUGUUGUUGUUGUUGUUGUUGUUGUUAGCUGUUGUCAGUGGUUAGCGGUUGUAAGUUGUGCUGUUAGCGGUGCUCAGUUUUUUUUAGCGGUUGUCAGUUGUUGUUGUUAGCUGUUGUCAGCUGUUUUCAGUUGUCGUUAGCGGUUGUCAGCUGUUGUCAGUUUUUGUUAGCUGUCAUUAGUGGUUAUCAGUUGUUGUUGUUAGUUGUUGUUAGCUGUUGUCAGCUGUUGUUAGUGGUUGUCAGCUGUUGUUAGUGGUUGUCAGUUGUUAUGAGCUGUUGUCAGUUGUUGUCAGCGGUUGUCAGUUUUUGUUAGCUGUCGUUAGUGGUUAUCAGUUGUUGUUGUUAGUUGUUGUUAGCUGUUGUCAGCAGCUGCUUUUAGCGGUUAUUAGUUGUUGUUAGCGGUUGUUUGUUGUUGUUAGCUAUACCAGUUGUAAACAAACACAACACAGUAUUUGACUCUUACAAACACAGUAUCCCCGAGUUCACAGUUAGACGUUACAACAAAAACCACUUAUUUAAUUUCACAAAAACGAAACAGAAGCGCUAAUAAAUAAAACAUUAGGAGAUCUUCACUGUUGAUGAACUGCGCUGCCAUCUUGGAUUAUGACGUUGUCGUCAAGUCGGGGUUGGUGACCAUCGUCAGACUUUUGAAAGACAGUUAAAAAGUCAGAGCUCGGAAAUCCUGACUUUGAGUACAAGUGGAAUGCACCAUUAAAACCAGUCGAGGCGAUCUAAUAAGGUGUGACCUCAUGUCUCGUGUUUUUGUGUCUUUGAGUUUUUAUCACGUGCAAAAAUCUGUUUUAAAAUGUUGAUAUUUUCUCCAAGUUGACGGCGUGGAUUCGACUUUGUGUUUCAGGAGCUGAUCACGAACACGUCUCUGGCAGAGUUGGAGAAGCAGCUUAAAGAGAGCCCGUUUAAAUCGCCACAAGUCGGUGAGUGAAUGAACACGAGGUCCUCGAGGUUUGGACUGAAAGUUGUAGAAACUCACCUCGACUCUUUAACUGUUCCUGUUAGAAACGGCCGAGGGGUUUCACAGCUACGACACGGCCCAGGAGCAGCUCCACGAGGCCGGGUACGACGCCUACAUCACCGGCCUUUGUUUCAUCUCGAUGGCCAACUACCUGGGUAACGAACACGCUGAUCCUGUUUGCAAAUGAAAAGGGGAAAGUCUGACCUGUGUGUCAUUUCAUGGCGAUCUCUUCUUCUCUUUUCAGGCUCUUUCCUGACUCCACCUAAAGCUUACAUCUCGGCUCGCUCCAAACUGAUCGAACCUUUCUUUAACAAGUAAGAACUUCGCUUCAAGUCACAAAAUUCAAGUUCCCUUUCACUUCCUGUUAAAAAUGAUCAUGUUGUUUUCUCCUGAAGGCUUUUCCUGAUGAGGAUAAUAGAUAUCCCCUACCUCAACAUCACGGGACCAGACUGUAAGUGAGAUGAAUGUCGGCGCUCUAAAAGGCGCCCUGUGGAGACUCCAUUGGUCCUUUUUCUGAAUGAUAGCUGAUAGGAAGAGAAAAGAAGCAAAUCACUCAAAAACAACAGACUUAUUAAAUGUUUGAAAAGUGAUCCGAGUGAUGUGAUCACUCUUUUUUUUGGAGAAGACUCCACGGGGCUCCUUUUUUACGGCUGUUUGAAGUAAUUUUUUAUCCAUAAAAGGCAAAAACAAAGAACCAAAAUCAGGUCCACAGGCGCGCAGCUCACUGGUUUCUGUCUUUGAACCUUUCAGUGCAGCCGAAGAGAGACCACGUCCUCCACGUCACCUUCCCGAAAGAAUGGAAGACGAGCGACAUCUACCAGCUCUUCAGUGCCUUCGGUACAGCCUCUGCCCCGUGACUCUGCUUCCACGAGGAUAUGACCCGGUUAUUUGUUCUGAUCACUUUCCACUUCUCGUGUCCACACAGGAAACAUCCAGGUGUCGUGGAUCGAUGACACUUCAGCAUUCGUGUCUCUGAGUCAAACAGACCAGGUGCAGAUAGGUGAGUUUGACACCCGCAGCUGCGUUCAUUCUGGACUGGUGGCAGCGGUCUGUUUACAUUUCCCCUCUCAACACGCAGCUAUGAACACCAGCCGCUAUGCAGAGAGCUACAGGAUCCAGACGUACGCCGAGUACAUCCAGGGUAAACAGCAGGAGAAGGAGAAGGUCAGUCAGACGCCCAAGACUUGGGGAGAGGACAGCUGGGUGAAAUCUCACUACACUCCCUCCAGCACUUCAGCUGGUUUUGGAUUCUCCAGGUACACCGCUGCCCUCACACCUACAGCUUAUUUAAAGUUUCUCCGCCUUAUAUUGAUGGAUGUAUGACUUCCUUUUUUUUUUGUCCUCCAGAAGCUUGAGGAAACGCAGCAUCAGCCCCGUUCAAGGAGAGCAGGGGGAGCUGGGAGACUCUCUAAUUACAGACGGCUGGAGUAACUUCUCAUACCCGGAUAGCAGGGGCAGCAAGAAGAUGAAAACUGACGGUGUGUGAACGCGCUCGUGUUGAAUUACUUCACUGCUGCAGUGUGGUAACAAGCAGCCUGGGAGUCUCAGCUCACCUUAAGGGACCGGGGGGGGAACGUUGUGAAUUAUCAUCCCAGGCAAAUAGAUUUAGCGAGUUAAUGAAGUCUGAGUAACACGUUAAAGAGGAGGGCUCAUCUUCUGUUAGUGACCACCUGCUGCAGAAGGAGCAGGUCAGAGGUCUGCUGACUGAAAAGGCUCAGAGAAAACUUUCAACCAAAGUUUGUGACUCUAUUUAUAUUUUUUCAUUAUUGAUACAGUCCAUUGGGCUGAUAGAUUUCCAGUCCAGUUCAUGGUCUUAAAGGAAUAUUCCGGCGUACAUUUAAGGUAUAGUCAAAUACACCGUCACACCGAGUUAGAGACCCCCUCGAGAGAUGAAAGAAUACCCAAAUCUACCCCAACCCAAUCCCUCAUUCCUACCCCACAAUCUAAACGCAACAGAAACAGGAUUAAAAUGGAUGAACUGAAAAAGGGCUAUUACGUGGAAACAGGAAAGUACGCAUCAAGGAUUCAAGAAAUGAAAUUUAAGAAAUAAUAAAUAAAACGACUGACCGCUUCCUUCUCUAGUUACACCAACUUUAGUAACGACAAACCUCAACCAAAACACCACUCUAUAGCCACAAAUAAUGCUCAGAACAGCACCUAACUUCAUCAACAGGACAUAUAGGGUCACAGACAGUACUAGACACCAAACAUCUUUUGAACUUUGACUAAGAGACCAAACACAACUCACCUACUCUCUUCCAGCAGCCGCCUGUUAAUGGGGGAGCCCUGACGAGUCGAUCACUGAGUGCAGCUGAAAAUUUAUAUUUAUUAUUACUUCAUGUAAAUACAAUCAGACCGAGACAGUAAGGCAGAAGAACUACCGCGUCUGCAGUGCAAAAAGAUUAAUAUGAUGAUUAUUAAUUCAAGGAAAUGAUCCGCUGCACUCAGUGAUCGUUUCAUUUUCAUUUUUAUCCUUAAUUUCAUUCAUUUAAUAUUUCAAACAUUUAAUACAAACAAGGAAAAAUCUCAAACAUGUGAAUAAAAGGAGCAGAAAGAAGAAAACUCUUUCAUAAGAUAUUAAUCAACUAAACACACAAUAAUAAAAAUAAACAAGAGCUGCAGGCCAACAUGCCUGUUACAGUUCAUUAUUUCUUAUUCUCAAAAACGAACAGAAAAGACCACAUUAAUUCACAUUUUUCCACAAAACAAACAGACCAAGACUUAGAUGAACACAUUUCCCUGUAUUUACUCAACAUACGGGCUUUGACACUUUUUUAAAAGAUCAAAUCUGAUUUGUCUUCUUUAGUUUCUUUCUUCAGAUUGUUCCACAAACUUAUUCCUCUCACUGUAACACAGCGCUCCUUCAGUUUAGCUCUGAAUCUUGGCUUUUUCAAUAUUUCAAAUCCUUUUAAAUUAUAAUCAACUUCCUCUUUUACGGUGUGUUUAAGUUUGUCAGUAAGUUUACAUUUUUUUCAUUAUUGAUAGAGUCCACUAGGCUGAUCGAUUUCCAGACCAGUUCCUGAUCUUAAAUUCAAUCGUUAAGACUGCUUUAUGUUUCUAAUAUAAACUUAUGUGACAUGUCUUCAUCAGUCAUCCUGCUCUCUUUGUUUCGACACCAUCCUGUCUGCACUAACUCUAUCUCCGUGUGGUAAAUUUCAGUAUGAUGAGUAAAAUCGUUGUUGUGUUUUCCAGCGUCGAGCGAACAGGCCAACACAGAAGCCAUUGAGAGUAAAACCUCAGAGGGAUGGCUGAAGACGGCGUGAGUAAAAUCGCUCUCUGUCGUUUCUGCUGUCAGCGUUUACAGGUGUACGCCUUUAAACGGUUGCUGUUCCCCCUCCCCCGCAGAGAUUUAUCAGAUGCAGCCGGGUCGAGUCCGGGCCCCGAUGAGGACAAGUCCCCUGAGGGCGAAGACGAGUUCGGGGAUGCUGACGGGACGGUCACUUGGCAACAAGCGCCAUCAACGGUCCACGGGAGGAAAGGUCAAAAGAACAAGAAGAAGCAGACUGAAGGUGUGUUUGUGUUUAACCUGCGAUUUCACCUCUGUGCUUUUUUACAAGAAGACCAGACUUCAGAGGCUCCCUGGCCUUUAUGAAAGGAGCUAGUUCAGACAUGUACAGCCGUGGCCAAUGUGCUAUUGUGACGCACAUUUCUGCUGUGUUUGAUCGAGUAAAAAUGCUCACAGCUGAUCACCGUGAUCGAACUGAAAUUUAUCACGAUUAUAUAAUCGCCUGGUCCUAGAAGAGAGGUUCAGUUAUUGUGAGGAAGACUUCAGGGCGCCUGAGAAAGUUCAGCAAGAACCCGGACUGCCUCCUAAAGUUGUAGGGUUUCUUCUCGGUGAAGGGAGUGGGCUCACUCACAGUUUUGUCCAAGACCAUGGCCGUGAAUAAAGAACGGUACCAAAACAUCAUCGGAGAGCAACUUCUCAACUUCAGAUCAGUUUGGUGACAAAAAACGCCUUUUCCAGCAUGAUGGAGCGACUUACCAUGAGGAUGAAGUGAGAACAUAGGCCCGAACUACACGUAUAUGGAUAUUUAUUUAUCAUGAUAUUUUUGUCCUCCCGUCUAAAUAAAUCUAUCUGUCCACACGUGUUAGUUCUCAAAAAUAUCUGCGUCCACACGUAGCCGUCAAACUCAAUCCUAUCUGGUGCCGCUUAAAAAAAAUUCAGGAACAAAGCUACCUGAUUGGCCGAUGAAUCGUAACAGCGUGAUGUGUCAUGCAUUGUUUGCGGAAGCUACGCUAGUGCGUCGGGUCCAUGUGACGGACCAUGUGACCAAUAAAAGUAUUGGACGCAGCAGACGCUUCUGUGAGCUGGCUGACUGAUGGAUGUAAUUGUAUAAAACAAGGUUCACUUGCAAGGCUGAAAUUAGCCCCAAAAGGUCAAAACAAACGUAAAGAAUACCCUGUCUGUCCACCAACGUUGUUGUUGUUUUUCUUCUUAAUUCGCAUGCGCGAGCUGCGGUUUGAUGUCAUCGAUCCGUAAGAGUCCAACCACAUGAAUCCACUACGGAUACGGGAUACGGAUAUUUUUUUAGUUCUCCACUUGUUUUUUCGGAUUCAGAUUUAUCCAGUUUGAGUGUUCCAAACUCCCGUUUUGGUGUGGUAGGGAGGCCUAAUCGGAGAUAAAUAUGUGCGGUUUGAAAUAUAUCCGCAUUCGUGUAGUUCGGGUCUAAGUGGCUCGAGGAAAAAAAAAAAAAAAAGUACAAAUUUGAUCGAGAAUUUGUGGUCAAUCCUCAAGACGUGGGCGGACAAACAAAAACUUUUAAAUUGACACUUAUGAAAUGUUUGUGAUUCUGCUUUAGUAUGACGUAGAAACAUCUGAGAAAAAGAUCUAAAAACCCUGAAGCAGCAGAGUUUGUGAAAAUUCAUAUUUAUGUCAUUCUCAAAACCUUUUGCCACGGUUGUUGAUACCUUAAAUAAGCCUUCAAUCGAAUAACCAACUGGUGGAUGAGUCGCUCUUCUCAUCUUUGUGUUUUUCUGUCUCUUCACUCGCACAGCCGCCGAAUCUACAACAUCACUGUUCGAGGUUCCUGAGGUCUGGUAGCGAGAGCCGGAGGGCGGAGAGGCUGCUGUCCCACGCUGAGCCGCUGCUCUGAGUCUCCUCCUAAGCACUUGGGCUGCUCUCCUGUAAGGUUGAACACCAGCAAGAGUGGCGCACGCCCUUAAACCCAUACGUUCGCUCAGCAGCCGCGGACGCCGUGUCCGAAGCUCUUAGCCAAGCUGCUGGACCGCACUGUCGAAAGAGAAAACACAAGCCAUAAAAGACGGUCGCCAUAUUUUCAUUUCGUAACGGAGGAGCGGGAAACUCUUCUGGGUAAACACACUCACAAACACAUCAGCAGAACCUUCACGUCUUAACCCUCCUUAAGGUCGAGUUUCUUCACGGACACUCAGACUGGAAUCUGCCGCCACAGCUAUGCUAUCACUCUGAAAUCACUUUGAACAACACGCUCACCUCCAUCAGUCUUAGACGACCUGGUGUGGAUGUUGUGUGCGCGAGUCGGUGCAUGUGUGUGUGUGCGUGUGUGUGUGAGAGAGAGAUGUGACUUUUCCUGAGGCUUUGUAUCUGUGUAAAUCCUUAUCAUGAAAUGUGACCCACACCCACACCCACACACCCACCUGACAGGUUCCUGUAGUUUACAAUAUCUGGGUUAUUUAGGAUUUUAAUGCAGACAAAUAUUUUUAAAAGUCAGUCGUGUCUCCUUUCCCAGUUUUAUCAAACCUGUAUAAUCUUCUCAGUAAUGUGAUGUUUAUUAUCGGUGGCGUUUUGGUCCUUCAUGGGAGGUGCUUGUCUUUUUUUUUUGUUGUUGUUUUUGUUUAUUUUUGUACAGAAUUGGUUUCUUUACCUUUUUUGUGUUGAAUGUUUUGUAACCGUGUCAACCUGCAACAAAGCUAAAGUAUGUUCUAAUGCAAAAUGUGUAAACCGUUAAAAAGACGUUAAAAACACCUUUUUGUAUAAGAUGAAGUUUAAAAAUCCUGAAAUAUUUCCUUGAGAGGGAAAACAUUAAAGAAUGUUUCUUAGUA